CAGACACAGGUCGGUGGAUGGAUUCACCGAAGAAAUCUUAACGAAAUCUUCGAAGCACAGUCACAGUCGUAACAACUCCCAGACCGCCGUGGAAUCUUUUUCGAACUCUCCUCAUCCACCCGCCGACGGUUCCCCUGCCGCUGCUGUCCAGAAAUGGUUCUCCAACAUCCUUAAACCGCCCAUUGCCGGAGAUUCAACGACUUCCACUGCAUCACCACCUGCCACCACAACACCUCUAGACAUUAUCCCACCUCGAGUAUCCACCCACCGCCGCUCUCGUUUCGAAAACCAAUCUUCUCCACCACUACCACCAACAUCACCCUCCCCCACCCACCACACCACCGCCGCCGACUCAACAGCUGCCCUUGUCCCACCUCGACUAUCAACCCACCGAAGAUCCAGAUUCCAGAACGACCCUAAUGCAGCUCAACCCCAAAUAAUACCACCUAGAAGAACCAUUAAAACCACCGCCACCGCAACUCCGGUGGACACAAGAUUGUUGUCUCCGCCUAAGCACCUCAUUGAAUCAUCUCAACGGAGAUCAAUAUCAUCCUCUACAUGCUCUCUUACAGAGAAACAUAUCCUUUCGCCGCCGCGGAAUCUAGUGGAAUCAGCUCAACGGAGAUCGAUUUCAUCAUCUACAUGCUACACAGACAAAAUCUCGAUGAAAUCUAGUCCUAUACACGGCGAACCAAAGGAUUCAGAACUAGGUCAACUGGAUCUUAAUGCGUUCUUGAAGGAGCAAAGAAUCAAAAUCCUAAAGCUACUGAAUGGGGAAAUCAAAGGAAAAGCGAAGAUUGUGCUCUCUGGACAUUCAAACAGUACAAGUUCAAUGGUGGCAGCGAUUUGCCAUGCAUGGUUGUUGGAUACUCGGAUGAGAAGCAAAAGGCAUGCGGUGGUUGCAGGGGGCGGCAGCACCAUGGAAAUGGUGGUGCCGGUGUUAAAUGUGAGAAGGGAAAAGAUGUGGAAGCAGCGGCAAGCCGCCUGGCUCUUCCACCAUGCUGGUGUUGAUGCCGCCUCCAUCCUCUUCGCCAACGAGAUUGAAUUGGAGGUGCUAAUGAUGAACAAACAGUUAAGCAUCCUCGUCGUCGGGCAAGACAUCCUCAAGAAUAAUGGGGAGGUUGGAUCAAAGUGCACCACCCUUACGGAUAAUUAUUGUGAAGAUGCUUAUGAUCUACUUCAAAACCCCGUUUUGAAAAAACUUAUGCUUGCGGGUAUUUUAUUAGACACACAAAACUUGAACACGACAACUACUAAAGAUACUGAGGCUGCGCGUUUGCUUUCCGUAGGCUCUGCACCCAACUAUGGAAAUAGUUUGUAUGAUCAACUGACACAAGAACAAAGAGAUGGUGCUUUCUUUGAAGCUUUAAGGCAGAACUAUGGGAAACCUCCUAAUGAGAGCAACCAUGAGAGGAUAUCAACAACUGAAGACAAAGUUAUCGAGAGAAUACAUGAAUCCCCAAAAGCAUUUGAAAAAGGCUCAAGAAAGGAUCCAGAUCAAGCAAAAACUGACACUCGUAUACCAUCAGGUAUUGGUUUUCAUCGUUUAUAUGAUUAUAGAAUGACAGAAAAAAUUAUCUAUAAUUCAUGUUCUAUCACUCAUUUUAUCUUCUAACAAUAUAAGUUGUUUCUAACUAAAACCAUUUUUCUCAUGUCAGCUAAACCAAAACCGCCAGCAAAACAGACACCUUCACCAGCAAAAUCAGGUGAUGCCCCUCGCGACAAGGGAAAGAACCCGUUUUUCUUAGCAAAAUGGUUUGGUUUCGGAAAGUGACAACAUGUGAUUCCAUUU